AUGUCUGACAGCGAAAUUCCGCCGGAAACUAUAGCAAGUAUACAGCAUGAGCUGGGAGAAAAGGAAAGGAAUAGUGUGAAAAAACUUGUUCGAGUAGAAACUAAGCCCGAGAAAUGGGAGGAUAGGAUUUUGGUGUUAUCAAUAUGCCGAGCCUUUAUAUUUUCUGUAUCUACCAAAUCAUCUGUAAAGCUUGAGCAUGGGUAUCAUUAUCUGGAUAUCCAGUCCAUAGAAAGUAGAAAUCUGCUACAGUUGAAGAUAGGCACAACAGGAGGAAUGUUCUGUUAUCGACUGACAACUAAAGGAGAUGCUGAUGAGAUUAUUACACAUAUUGGUGCUUCCUUGAAGAAAAUCUUCCCAAACAGACAAUUUGAAAAACUUGUGAUCACAGUGAAUUUAGAACCCAUAGAGAGAAAAGAAAAGAUUCUGACAACACUAGAUAGUUUGGAAAUGGAAGAUCUUGGUCCAUGUGGUGGUUUUUCUUCCAUGUACAUGUGUAUGUGUGACUAUCACCAUUUGCCUUAUCGAGAAGAAAUCACUUGGGAUGUUGACACGAUUUAUCUGAGUCAGAGCAGUAAACACAUGUGUCUCAACGACUUUGACCAUCUAGAUGGCAGGGAUUUAAUUCCAGUUGUCGCAGCGUUGGAACACAAUGAUUGGUUCAAUAAAAUAUCAGUCCAGGAUAUAAAACUGCAUCCAGACGUAACGAAACAAUUAAUCAAAGUACUGAAGAAAAAUGGCAAUAUUCAAGAACUCGUUUUAGAAAAUACUGGUAUACUGAAAGGAGAAGAGCUUGGUAAAAAACUGGCGUCGGCAAUGCAUGGCCCGUGUAAACUACUUGUCCUCAAUUUAAGUGGCAACCAUGUUGAUGAUGUCGGGGUCAUUCACCUUUCCGGUGUUCUCCGUACACAAGCGGAAGGGCUGGUAGAACUGAAUCUUUCUAAUACUAAAAUGACUGCCAAAGGUAGAGCUGCGUCUAAUCUUGGUGCCAGCCUUCAGUCUGGGAAAAUCAAGUCAACUUUGAAGAAACUUAAUCUGUCUGAAAACUCGUUCAAAGGAGAAGAAUUUUUGCAAAUGUUGAAUUUUCUGGCUCAACCUAAUGUUUUAAGUAAUCUAUAUUUGAGUAACUGUGACCUAGCUUUGGAUACUUUAUUUACAUCAUUCUCCAAUGGAUGUACGCAUACAUUACAGCAUCUUGAUGUCUCCAAGAAUGUAUUUACAACCAAGAAGGCAAAAGAGAUUCUUGUGCCACAAUCUAUAAAGAAAUAUUUUGCCAAUAGCACAGCUCUUAAGUCUUGUAAUCUUUCCAGCAAUAAGCUACCACCAGAAGCCCUCAAAGAAAUACUACUAGGUAUUGCAAGUAAUAAAGUAAUUCGUGAACUGAAACUUGAUCUUAGCUGCAAUGAGCUUAAAUAUGAAGGAGCCGACAUAAUUGAAGGAUGCAUUGGAAAUAUUGCAGCAAUAGGGUCAUUAGAUAUCAGUGAAAAUGGGUUUGAUGUCCGCACAGGUCAGUUAAUUGACUGGAUACGUCAGAAUAAAUUCAUUAAGCACCUGUUUGUUGGUGGUAACUUGCACAGCGUAAGACAACACAGGAGACAACUUGGCAAAGUAUUGGAUACUAUUGUUACACUCUUACAGGAGGAUGAUUCGGUAUUGGAAUCUCUAUCAUUGGCUGAUUCAAAAUUGAAAGCAGACACAGCAACUGUAUUAGAUGCUGUUGGAAGCAACACGCAGUUGACAUACCUCGAUAUUAGCACUUUAUAUGAAUUAUAUCUGACUCUUGUUGCUGCUACUGCAAAUGCUACUGCUGCAACUCCUACUGCAAAUGCUGCUGCUGUAACUUCUGCUGCUUCUACUACUAUUCCUGCUGCUGCAGCUCCUACUGCAAAUGCUACUGUUGCAACUGCUGCUGCUUCUACUACUACUCCUGCUGCUGCAACUCCUACUGCAAAUGCUACUGCUGCAACUCCUACUGCAAAUGCUACUGCUGCAACUGCUGCUGCUUCUACUCCUAUUCCUGUCGCUGCAACUCCUACUGCAAAUACUGUUGCAACUGCUGCUGCUUCUACUACUAUUCCUGUCGCUGCAACUCCUACUGCAAAUGCUACUGUUGCAACUGCUGCUGCUGCUUCUACUACUAUUCCUGCUGCUGCAACUCCUACUGCAAAUGCCACUGCUGCAAUUGCUGCUGCUAUUGCUGCUGCUUCUACUACUAUUCCUGUCGCUGCAACUCCUACUGCAAAUACUGCUGCAACUGCUGCUGCUUCUACUCCUAUUCCUGUCGCUGCAACUCCUGCAAAUACUACUGUUGCAACUGCUGCUGCUUCUACUACUACUAUUCCUGUCGCUGCAACUCCUACUGCAAAUACUGUUGCAACUGCUGCUGCUUCUACUACUAUUCCUGUCGCUGCAACUCCUACUGCAAAUACUGCUGCAACUGCUGCUGCUUCUACUCCUAUUCCUGUCACUGCUGCUUCUACUACUAUUCCUGUCGCUGCAACUCCUACUGCAAAUGCUACUGUUGCAACUGCUGCUGCUUCUACUACUAUUCCUGCUGCUGCAACUCCUACUGCAAAUGCCACUGCUGCAAUUGCUGCUGCUUCUACUCCUAUUCCUGUCGCUGCAACUCCUACUGCAAAUACUGCUGCAACUGCUGCUGCUUCUACUACUAUUCCUGCUGCUGCAACUCCUACUGCAAAUACUGUUGCAACUGCUGCUGCUUCUACUACUAUUCCUGCUGCUGCAACUCCUACUGCAAGUGCUACUGCUACAACUUCUGCUGCUUUUACUACUAUUCAUGUUGCUGCAACUCCUACUGCAAAUGCUACUGCUGCAACUGCUGAUGCUUCUACUACUAUUCCUGCUGCUGCAACUCCUACUGCAAAUACUGCUGCAACUGCUGCUGCUUCUACUACUAUUCCUGCUGCUGCAAAUGCUACUGUUGCAACUGCUGCUGCUUCUAAUACUAUUCCUGCUGCUGCAACUUUUACUGCAAAUACUGUUGCAACUGCUGCUGCUUCUACUACUACUCCUGCUGCUGCAACUCCUACUGCAAAUGCUACUGCUACAACUUCUGCUGCUUUUACUACUAUUCCUGUUGCUGCAACUCCUACUGCAAAUGCUACUGCUGUUGGAACUGCUGAUGCUUCUACUACUACUCCUGCUGCUACAACUCCUACUGCAAAUGCUACUGCUACAACUUCUGCUGCUUUUACUACUAUUCCUCUCGCUGCAACUCCUACUGCAAAUGCUGCUGCAACUGCUGCUGCUUCUACUACUACUACUGCUGCUGCAACUCCUACUGCAAAUGCUACUGCUACAAUUUCUGCUGCUUUUACUACUAUUCCUGUUGCUGCAACUCCUACUGCAAAUGCUACUGCUGCAACUGCUGAUGCUUCUACUACUAUUCCUGCUGCUGCAGUUGCUACUGUUGUUGCAACUGCUUGUGCUGCAACUUCUACUGCUGCUGCUGCUUUUUUUGCUGUUGUUGUUGUUGUAAUCGUUUGA